AUUAAAAUGUUUAAAUAAAGUGCUAAAAAUAAUAGUGAAUUUUAUAUAAUUAAAAUUCAAUAUCACUAUAACAUUAAAAUUACUAUGUAAUUUUGUACGAAAAUUUUUAACAAUAUGGGUAAUUCAUCUUCUUCAAAUAAUGGCGGAAAUAAAAAUAAUCGAAAAUGUCGAAGUUUACCAAAUUCACCAGAUGUAAAAAGACAAAUACCUGUACCGUACUCAAAAACAAAUGGUGGGACAGCAAUACCAUUACCAGCAACGGUAUUAGUACAACGUAGAUGUCCGCCAGAUAAAAUAAGACCAUUACCGCCUACACCAAAUCAUGUGCCAUGUACCGGAAAAAAUGUUCCAAAUGGUGGCGAAUCCAUUAAUAUUUCUCCAUCAAAUAAUAUUUCACCAAAUCAGAAAUCUUCAAAUAGUAAUGGAUUACGUCAGCCACAAUGUAAAAUACCAUCUAGUCCAUAUGCUAUACCAUCUCAAACGACAUCUACAACAAUAACAGCAACAACAACGAACUCGUCGAAUUCCGUCCAAAAUUCUUCGAAUCAACAGCAAAAUGUACCACCACCAUUACCAGCAUCAAAUCCUACAACACAAUCACAAACAACAACAGCAACGAAACAUUCAAUGCUUGAAAAAUUAAAACUUUUCAAAUCUGAUAAAUCAUCAUCGAAUUCAACUAGUUCAUCAACAAAAUCUCAAGUAUCGAAACGUACUAGUUCAAGUAGUGGUUUCUCAUCAGCACGUAGUGAACGUAGUGAUUCUAGUUUAAGUUUAAAUGAUAGUAAUAAUCAUGGUACUUUAUUACAAAAUCAACAACAACAGCAACUACCUCCACCGACCCAUUUAAAACCACCUAAUAUUAUUGCAACAACAAUACCAACAACAGUAAGUCCACAAAAUGCAACAGCAUCAUCAACUGCAACAAGUUCAUCUCGUACAAAAGAUUCAUCAACAAAGAAACAAUCCAAAUUAUUUUCAUCUUCCAAUGGCGGCGGUAACAGUAGUAGUAGUAGUAGUGGACAAAAAAAUAAAGAUUUACUAUCGGCUGGAUCAUCAACAAAACAAAAGGACAAUAAUAAACAAAAAGAGAAAAGUCCCGCCCGACAUAAUUCUACAAAAGAUGAUAUAAGCGACUCUAAAUUAAUUUCGUCUUCAAGUGGUAAUAGUAAAAGUCAAAAACUUUCUUCGAAAUUAAAUAUUACCGAACAACAAAAAUUAAAAUCGUCUUCCAAAUUAUCAUUGAAUAGUACUAAAUCAUCUGAUUCGAAAACAAGCAAUACAAAUGUCCAACAACAACAGCAACAAAAUUUAAAAUUGCAACAACAAAGUGGUCUUAUGACAAUAACAAAUCCUAAUGGUACCGGUAUACCGAAACCGAUGGCUGCUGUUAAAGGUACAAGUAAAACUGUCCAAAUUACAAUUGAAAAAUCAUCACAUCAUCAACAACAACAACAACAACAGCAGCAGCUUCAACAGCAGCAACAACAACAGCAUCAUCAUCUGCAAUUACAGCAAUUACAUUCAAAACCAAAUUUAGAUUUGGAACAUGUUAAAUCCGAAAAACAAGACAUAUCACUGCUACGUAACGCAUAUAAUGAUCCUAGCAUAUCAGUUGCAGCAACAAAUCAUUUAGAUAAUACAAAAACAAAUAUUGUAAAUCCAUUAAAUAUUGAAAAUAAUUUAAUAAUAGGAUCAGCAACGACAACAACAACAUCAGCAAAUGUAGCUGGAAUUUCAUUAACCAAUGGUCCAAUUUUAUAUAAUAAAAUUUUACAACAGCAACAAAUCAAUAACAUAUCAAUGAGUGAUAGUUUAAAUUCAACAUCAACAACAAAUUCAGGUGGCUUACAUUCAAAUUCAAGUGAAUCAAGUGUUAUUUAUAGACCUGGUUCUGAAUCAGAAACAUCCGAAUAUUUAACUAAUAAUAAUAGUAACAAUAGUAGUAGUUGUCGUAAUGGUACAACAUCAGGAACAUCAGGAUCAAAUAUUAAUAAUAUGACAACAAAACAGCAAAUGAAUUUUUCAAAUAAAAAAUUUGAUCAAUUUUUACAAUUACAACAGCAACAGCAACAAAAUUCAAUAAUAUCACGAAAAUCAAAUCAACAAUUACAAUUUCAAAAUCGUUUACAAACUCAACAACAUCAAAAAUUUAAUACAGUACCAAGUAAAAUGGGACCAAAUAGUAUUAUUGGUAAUUGUGGUAUUAUAACAACAACAAGAGAUGUUAUAGCUAGUAAUAUUGUUGGUAAUAACGGAAUUACUGGUAAUAAUAGCCAAUUAAUUGCUGGUACAAUUUAUGAAGAAGAUAAACAUAAUUUAAGUAUAAUACCAAUGAGACCAUUAUUAAGAGGUUAUAAUAGUCAUGUAACAUUACCAACACGUGGUACUAGAAGUGGACAACAUUUUAUUAAUGAAUUUUAUGAUUCGGAUAUUGGUGGUACCGGUUAUAUGAGUGAUGGUGAUUCAUUAAGACGUCAUCAUCAUAAUCAACAAACGCAUUCAAAUCAAUCAGCAUCAUCAUCAAGAACAGGAACAACAACAAUACGAUAUUCUGAUAUUGAUAAUGGUUAUUUAUCAGAAGGUAGUAUCGGUAUUGUACAUAAUCAAAAUCAUCAUAAUCAUCAACAUCAUAAUCAACAUCAUCAUCAUCAACAUCAAAGUCAUAGUAGUAAACAUUUUUUAAAUAUUAUGCGUGGACGUCAAUUACCAACAACAAUUGAAGAAAGAGUUCGUGGUAGUCGUGGCAGUUUAGAAAGUAUUAUAACGGCACCAGCAUCAAUUAAUUUAACAACAUCCUUAAAUGCACAACAGCAACAACAACAACCAAAUAAUUUAAAUUGUAAUUUGAGCGGCAACUCCAGUAAUAUAAACUUAAAAAAUAAUACUAACGAUAAUUGUAGUAAUAAUACUGAUAAUAACAGUAUAAUUAAAAUGGAUAUUAAUGGUGUUACUGUUAAUAAUAGUGGAAAUUAUAUUGGUAGCACUGCUGGUACUGAUAAUAAUUGCCAACAACAACAACAAUUACAUGAAAAUUCUAUUAGUAAUCGUUCUUCAUCUCGUACAACACAAAUAAAUAGUAAUCAACAAAAUGGACGUGAUAAUUGGCAUAAAAUGCCAGAACCAAAUCCAACAAAUACAACAACAAAUGUAAUACAACAACAAUUAUUACAUCAACAAGGAUUAAAUGCAACUGUUACAUCAAGUCCAAAUCCAAAUCGUAAAGAUAAAUCAUCACCAAAUAGACGUGGUUUAUCAUCAUCAUCAUCAUCUUCAUCUUCAAAACAAUCAUCAUCGGGUAGAACAAAAGGUGUACCGCAAAGUUUUGGUUAUGUUAAACGUACAAAUGGUUCAGCAACGGGUACUAUAACAUCAACUGAUCAACAAGGUAUGUUAUUAUUGCAACAACAACAGCAACAACAUCAACAACAACAACAGCAGCAGCAACAUCAUUCGAGUAGAACAGCACAUGUAUCUGCUGUACCAAGAUCUGGUAAAAUUAAAGUAUCCGGUGGUACACAAACAUGCCAAAAUGAUUUACAAACAAAAAUACCACCAAAUGUACAACAUAGAAGUUUCUCAUUAACUGGACCCGGUGCUACACAAUUAAGUCAAUCGAUACGUGAACGUUUAAGUAAUGGAUCACAUAGUUUACCGAAACCUGGUUCAGAUAUGCAUAUGUUUCAACAUAGGAUUGCAAAUAGAAAUUCUAAUAAAAUUCUUGAUGGUAGUUUAUCAGAUACACAAACAUAUGCUGAAGUUAAACCAGAAUAUAGUACAUAUGCAAUGUGGUUAAAACAUAGUAAUACGACAGCAAGUCGUUUAUCAGAAGGAGAUUCAAUUGAAAGUUUACAACAUAUUAUGGGUUCACCUGGAAUGCAAAGGCAUAGUGCACAUAAAUUAAUGCAACGUACUUUAACUAAUACCAGUGGUAAUAGUAGUAGUAAUGGUGGCAGUGGUAGUAAUGUUAACUGUAAUAAUACUCCAAAUACUAUUAAUUCAAAUACAAUUUCAAGUAAUGGCGGUACAACCAUAGAGAGCACUUAUGUUCAAAGCCCUAGAAUGAAUCGGAGUAAUAGUAUUAGUUAUUUGAAAGAACGAACAUAUCCAAGAUCAACUAAAUCGGAAAAAAUGUAUCCAUCAAUGUUAAGUCGUGGUUCAGAUGUUGAAAUUGAACCAUAUUAUUGUUUACCGGUUGGUAGUAUACAUGGACAAAAUGGUAUGCCACCUGGUACUGGUCCUGGUGGUAGUGUUGUUGGUAUUAUACCAUGGAGUCAACCGACAUCACCAACACCUCCACAUAAUAGAAAUGCUUUAAUUACUAGUGCGGGUACAUUAUCACCAACACAAACACAUAGUAGUACAGGAUUACAAUCAAAUAGUAAUGGAAGUAGUAGUAUUGGUGGCCAUAAUAAUCUAUCAUCAUGUCAUAGAUUAACAUAUCCAAAAAAAAAUGAUGAGGUUCAUGGUAGCUCUGCAUCAUUAUUAUCUGGUGGUAGUUCAUUAUAUGGAUCAGCAGAAGAAAGGCAAGCAAAUGAAGUAAGACGUUUAAAACGUGAAUUAACUGAAGCUAGGGAGCAAGUUAUGAGCUUAUCAAGUCAAUUGUCAACAAAUGUAAGUAUUUUAUUUUUAUAUUUUGUGAAAAAUCUCUAAAAACAUAUUAUGAAUUUUUUAAAAAUUCCAAUCAUAAUCUUUUCAUAUUUCCGUAAUGCGCCCUA